AUGCAUGUUCUGAUUGGAGCGCGAGCGUUUGUCCACUGCAGCAGGACCAGAGGACACUGGGAGUUCAGGAGACAGAUGUUGUCUCAGGUGCUGUACUCUGUCCUCUGUGUCCUCGCUGCUGGUAGCUGCUGUCUUGUCAGUUUGACCGGCCUGUCUCAGGGUCCACUGUGUCUCUACAACACCUCCUCAGGUCCAACGUGGGGUGUCCCGCUGCAGCCCAUCCCAGACCGCCAUUCUGGGUACCUGUCCAACAGGACUCUGUGGUCUGGGGUGUGUCUGGUUCCCCGGUCUGUGGUCCAGUGGAACGUAGUUCUGUUCAGUGUGAUGGGGGGCGCUAGUGGGCUGCAGACCGUCCUCUGUGGACUCAACAUCCUCAACGCCGUCCUCGGCCUGAUCCUGGGUCAGGGCUUCUGCCACAAAAAGGAACUUCCAGUUUCAGUCUGAUCGUCAAGACCCAGAGACAAAGUCUUCAUCAUCAUCAUCAUUAUUAUUAUUAUUAUUAUUAUUAUUAUGUGUUUUUAAAUGACACUUAAUUAAACUGUGAU